AUGACAGUCAUUAAUUCUAAUCAAACUAUUAAUGUUACUAAAAAAAUCAAAAAACCAAAGUGCCAACGUCUGUCCCUUGGCCAGAUUGAUGUUCCAUUUCCGAUUAGUGACCAAUUAAACGCUGUGAUUGCCAGCUAUAAGGAGCGAAAAAUUACAGGAAAACCGCCAAAUUGUUUUCUACUUUAUCGAAAAGCAUUGGUACGUGAAUUUAAUAACCACGGUUAUUAUCUUCCUGCAAAAGAAAUUUCGCCAAUCGCAUCCGAGAAAUGGAAGAAUAAGCCAGAUAUAGUAAAACAAGAAUAUCGAGAAAUUUCAGAAGACAUUGCAAAGAUUCUCCAAGAUAAAGAAACACCACGAAUCCUUACACCUGCAAAUUUUUCUUCGCAAAAUUCAGUAAGAACAAAAAAAGAUUUUCGACGCGCUUCAAAAGGAAUAGAGGACGUUAUCCAGUUUACUGAUUUUUCUGGUGUUUCAGAGCCGACAACUCCCAUGAAUCAAUGUUUUCCUGAAAAUGAUCAUUUUCAAUUCGACGCUUCUGAAUCCGAUACAACUGGUGUCUCGAAACCGACAACUCCUAUUAAUCAACACUUUCAUGAGAAUAAUCAUUUUGAAUUCGAAGCUUCUGAAUUCGAUAUGUCUGGUGUUUCAGAGCCGACAACUCCCAUGAAUCAAUGUUUCCAUGAUAAUGAUCACCUUAAAUUCGAUGCUUCUGAUGUUGAUUCUAUUAACAUUAAUGUCAAUAAAUUUAAUCAAAGCGUUUCAAUAAGUGGGACAUCACAAAAUACCAUCAUCCCCACCAUCACCAAUAUCACUACAUCAUUAGGACCAAUAGAAAACCAGAAUUCGAACGAACCCAAUGUUUCCGAAAUUUUUGAUCCACGACAAUAUCCUUUCUCUUAUGAAGAAGAUAUUUAUGAAUCCACAAAUUUGACUUUUCAAAAUUCAUAUAAUGUCUUCCCUCCUUCAGAUCUCUUGUUAAAUUUAAUGGAUCACGAAUCUAAAAGCCUUUCAGAUUUAUGA